AUGGUGAAGCUGUUGCCAUGUUUCCUGGUGCUCAUCAACCCUCAGUGUUCUUUGCUCAGGAAGGACGAUGGGAAUCCCACAGUGAGGAGGAGUCUGGAGAAGGAAGGGAUUCGCUAUGGGGACAAAGGCAAGCAUUUCCAGGGGCAGGAGCAGGAUUCCUUUGGCGGUGACUUUGAUAAGAAUCAGUCUUUGGUGGGAGAUGUUGGAGAUGUGAACUUGUGGGACUGCUGUCACCAGUUGAGAUUAACAGUGUCUAUCAUGGAUUCCAGCCAUGACAUGACGUUACCUUUAGUCAUCAUGUGUCCUGAGCCUCACUGGUCUGUGACAAUUUCUGGGUCUUUCCUUGUGUUUCACAACCUUGACAGUUCUGAAGAAUUUGGUGUCAGCGAUGGAAUCCACAGAGCCCUUCCAAGAUCUUCUAAAACAAGAAACACGGGCGUUGUACCCUCAGACCUUUUGGAGUUGUGUCCUUUUCAGAAGGGCCCUGGAUAUGCACACAAAGGUCUUUGUGUUCCCCAAGAGUCGGAUAAUUCCUUUGUGACGCUGACUGCACAGCUAACAAAGCCACUUAAGGCCUUGACCGUGUGCCUGCAUGUCUAUACCAAUCUGACCCGGAACUAUAGCCUCUUGUCUUAUGCUGCAAGGCAACAAUAUAAUGAGAUCCUCCUCUUCAAGGGAAAGACUGGUGUAUACAGUGUAUCCGUGGGUGGAGCUGAUGUCUUUAUCAAGCCUCCUAAGAGUUCUCCUGCACCAAUGCACUUCUGUGUGACCUGGGAGUCUACCUCAGGGAUUACAGAGCUCUGGGUGGAUGGGAAGUCCAUGGUGAGGCGGAGUAUGAAGAGGGGAUACUCUUUGGGGACAGAGGCAAGCAUCAUCCUGGGACAGGAGCAGGAUGCAUUUGCUGGGGGCUUUGAUAAAAACCAGUCUUCGGUGGGAGACAUUGGAGAUGUGAACAUGUGGGACUAUGUGUUAUCACCAGAAGAGAUUAGCACUGUCUAUGCUGGUGGGAACUUCAGUCCUAAUGUCCUGGACUGGCAGGCGCUGAAGUAUAAAACACAUGGUGAGGGACUUCCCUGGUGGUGCAGUGGUUAAAUAUCCACCUGCCAGUGCCUGGGACAUGGGUUCGAGCCCUGGUCUGGGAAGAUCCCACAUGCUGCAGAGCAACUCAGCCUGUGCACCACAGCUACUGAGCCUGUGCUCUAGAGCCCGUGAGCCACAACUACGGAGCCCGUGUGCGACAACUACUGAAGCCCACAUGCCUAGAGCCCAUGCUCAUCAACAAGAGAAGCCACCACAAUGAGAAGCCCACACACCGCAAUGAACAGUAGCCCUCGCUCGCCACUAAAGAAAGCCCACGUGCUGCAACAAAGACCCAAUGUAGCCAAAAGCAAACCAACAAAUAAAUAAAGAA